AUGGAGCCUAGUACUGACGUAUUGUCAACGAAAUUAAAACAACGAGCUGUGAUUGAAUUUUUAACCGCCGAAAAUGUUAAUCCGACAGACAUUCAUCGUCGCUUAAAAGCUAUUUACCGUAAUAAAACUGUUCUUCAACACCCACCGUAUUCACCAGAUUUGGCACCUUGUGAUUUCCACUUCUUCCCAGACCUUAAGAGAGACCUCAAAGGCACCCAUUUCACGUCGGACGAAGAAGUCAAGGAAGCAGAGAAGUCUUGGAUAAAAGAGAGACUAGCUACAUAUUUCAGUGACGGUAUGAAGAAACUUGUGACUCGUUGGUUGAAGUGUAUAUCUGUAAAUGGUGAUUAA